AUGCUACUGUUACGUCCACUAACGAGAAGAACUGUCGGCGUGAAGCUCUCCGCCCGAGGCCUUUCCUCCUCGCUGCGCUUAUCGCAGGUACAACCGCAACAGCAGCAGCCUAUCGCUUUCGUGUUCGACAUCGAUGGAGUUCUCAUGCAGACGAAAAACCCGAUCCUACCCCAUGCACCCAUGGUGCUUAGCCAUUUGAAAGACCAUAACAUCCCCUUUGUUUUGCUGACCAACGGUGGCGGCCAAACCGAACAAGCACGUGUCGACUUCUUAAACAGUGCAUUGUCGCCAUCGGUUUCAGAGGCGGAUGUCGGGGACGACAGCGAUUCAACGAAACUACUGCACACCUCGCAAUUGAUCCAGUCACACACUCCUAUGAAGAACCUAGUGGACAAAUACAAACGUGUUUUAGUGAUUGGAGGAUUAGACCCGCAGGCUCGUGAUGUGGCACUCUCCUAUGGUUUCAAAGAAGUGAUCAGACCAAUCGAUAUCGUCAGGGCCACGCCAAAUGUUUGGCCCUACACUAGGUACACACAGCAUGAACUAACUCAUCACUCACUGUCAGCGACAGAGUCGAAGAUCGAAACAGAGCCAAUUGAUGCAGUGUUGGUGUUCAACGAUCCUAGAGACAUGGGCACAGAUCUACAAGUGACCAUUGAUGCGUUGUGCUCGGACAAGGGACUCUUUGGAACAAGGAGAAAUUCUGGAGCCAGCUCGCCAAGCGUGCCCAUAAUCUGGAGCAACAUGGAUUUAUUGUGGAGUACCGGGUACCCGAUUCCACGGUUCGGACAAGGUGCGUUUAGAAUCUCGACGAGAGAGUUGUACAAGCGACUGAAUGACGGCAAAGAGCUCGAAGACACGGUGCUGGGUAAGCCUUGGCCUGUGAGCUAUGCAUUUGCAGAAUGGGUGCUCGGCAAAGAAUGGAGGCGCAUCAAUGGGUCUGCCCAGAAAGGCUCAAAGGGUAUCGUUCCGGGCUUGGGAGUGAGACCAAAGGAACAGUUGUUCAAGAAGGUGUACAUGGUUGGUGAUAACCCUGAAAGCGAUAUUUUGGGUGGUAACGACUAUGGCUGGGAGACAAUACUGGUGAGAACUGGCGUCUACAAGGACGGCGAUUUUGAGCGCAAUCCAAAACUUGCCCGGCCAACGCUAGGUGUCUUUGACAACGUGUGGGAAGGUGUAAGUGCAGCCCUCAAGGCCAACAACAUAAAGUAG